AUGAGGAAGCUAGAUCACGACAAUGUUAACCGAUUCAUCGGACUCUCAAUAGAUGGUGCCGAGUAUGUGGCUAUUUGGCGUAUGUGCACCAGGGGCACUCUACAGGAGUUGAUUUUGAAAGGCUCUCUGUGGUUUGAUCCGUUUUUCAUGCUAUGUAUAAUGAGGGAUAUUGCAGAGGGGAUUCGAUUCCUGCACAACUCGUUCAUCUCAUCCCAUGGUCGUCUUCGUUCAGACUGUUGCCUAGUAACCGAUAGCUGGCAAGUCAAAGUUUCCGACUACGGUACCGGAUCAUUGCGCGAAGAUGAUCGAUUAUUGUGGAUGGCCCCCGAACAUAUCCGAUCUUCCGAAUCUUCAACGAAAAGCUCUAAGGAAGGCGACAUUUACUCAUUUGCUAUUAUCGCCUCUGAGGUCGUUACGCGAAAGCCAGCAUGGGACCUGAGCGUGCGAAAAGAGCGAACGGAUGAGCUGCUUUAUCUGCUGAAGAAGGGAGGACAUGCGCCACCACGACCAGAACUCAACUCUGACGGGAUGAAAAAUGAUAAUCCCAAUCUUCAUCUCAUACGUGAUUGCUGGAGCGAAAAGCCAGGUGAUCGACCAGAUGCUGCUACACUAUGCAAAAUCUUAAAGUCAAUGAUGCCAGAUACAAAGAGUAAUCUGAUGGACCAUAUGUUCACUAUGCUAGAGGACUACACGACGACCUUAGAGUUAGAUGUUGAGGAAAGGACAAAGCAAUUGAAGGAAGAAAAAAAGAAAGCUGACAUACUUCUGGGUAGAAUGUUACCAAGGCAAGUGGCAGAUCGCUUGAAACUGGGCCAGACAGUCGAACCUGAGAGUUUCGACAGCGUCACUGUGUUCUUCUCCGAUGUCGUCAAAUUCACUCAGUUAGCCGCCAAAUGCACACCUUUUCAAAUUGUAAAUCUUCUCAACGACCUGUACAACGGAUUCGAUUCAAUCAUUGAGGAGCAUUCCGUAUACAAGGUGGAAUCGAUUGGUGAUGGAUACUUGUGCGUCUCUGGUCUGCCAGUGAGGAAUGGUCAUGAACACAUCAGAGAAAUAGCCGAGCUCUCUAUAUCUUUUAUGAAGUUUGUUGACGAGUUCAGGAUAUCGGCUCUUCCAAGAGAAAGAGUUCAACUUCGGAUUGGUGUGAACUCAGGUAAUAUGCCACGAUAUUGCCUUUUCGGAGACACUGUGAACACAUCAUCACGGAUGGAAAGCAAUGGAAAACCUGGUCUCACUCAUAUGUCCAAACAAGCGCACGAUCUGCUUGUCAAGGAAUACAGAGCAGAUUAUGAGACACAGUUGAGAGGAGAAGUUAUUAUAAAGGUAAGGCUCUGA